AUGUCAAACUCAGAUCUCGCCGCGGCGGGGAGCAGCACAUACGCAUCCAAUACUCUUCAUGUUGGGGAUGGCACCUGGGACUCUGGGCGGGAUACCUUCCUGCUGCCCAAUUUGAUGGGGCUCAACUUUGAGACGAUGCGAUACAAUGGCAUGGGGAACCGUUUCAAGAAUAUGGCAGGGUACCAUUCCAUAAUCAUCGCGCACGGUGUCAUUGCAACAAUCGUUUUCUUGGGCAUUGUCCCAACAUCAAUCAUUCUAAUCCGAUACUACUCCCGAUGGAAUCCUUACUGGGCAUUUAAAUUGCAUGCUUGGUGUCAGGUACUCACUUUGCUCCUAACCACGGUCGUGUUUGUGCUUGGGUGGUUCGCCGUUGGGCCGGAAAGAAGCCUAACCAACCCCCAUCAUGGAAUCGGCCUGGCAAUCUAUGUUUUGGUCAUUGUCCAAGUUCUGUGGGGCUGGUUCUUGCACAAGAAGGAAAGUAAGAGACAACGAGUCCACGUUCCUUUGAAACUGGUGUUACACCGAUGGUUGGGUCGUGCUCUUUUACUUCUCGGUAUUGCACAAAUUCCAUUAGGGCUCACGCUCUAUGGUUCGCCAAAGGUCCUGUUUAUCCUAUUCGCGAUAACAGCCUUCGGUUACUUGGUUCUUUACUUUAUACUUUCUUACCGAUAUGAUGUCGAAGGAUAUCACAUGGGAAGUGAGCAUGGUGGUGGCCACAGUCAGUACACAGGACCUUCGGAAGUUUCAGAGCACCAUGGCAAUCACACGGGAGCAGCUCUCGCCGCCGGCGCUGCAGGUGCUGGCUUGGCUUCAAUGUUUCGACGACGUACAAGCAGUCGCCACCCAAGCCAUGCCUAUGAAGACUCUCGCACAUCUAUUUCUGAUGAAAAAUAUUCCGAUGAAUCUUCCCGCCAUCAUGGAGGUGGUGGAGGUGGUGGCGGUGGUUUCGGCAAGAAACUCCUCGAGAUUGGCGCACUGGCCGGGGCUGCCCUCAUGGCCAAGAAAUUCUGGGACCGUCGAAAGAAGCGAGAAGACGAUGCCGAAUCGGGUCGGUAUAGGCCUGCCCAUUCGCGCAGUACUAGCCACUCAGAUGAAUCUCUUAGCAGGAUGGAAGAUGGUCGACCGGAGCCGACGCAUCACACGCCCCUUAAUCGGCCACCAAGUCGCGCACCAAGUCGCGCACCAAGUCGCGUACCAAGUCGCGUACCAAGUAGGUCCCAAAGCCCGGGCUCUUCUUACUACUACAACAGCACAUAUUUCACCGAGCCGCCUAAGCGAAGCGCUUCUCAUGGAAUUAGAGAUGCUGUUCUGGGUGUGGGUGCUUUUGCCGCCGUGAAGCGACUGUUCAGCCGCGGUAAAAAGGACGAUGAAGAGAAACGGAGGCUAGAGGAUAUCAAGCGUCGAGAAGAUGAAGAUGAGGCGUUGCAGAGAGCAAACAGCAGACGACGACCACAGGCGGGAGAAAGCUUCUACCCACGAAGAAGGGCCAGUUCAUACAGUGAAACUGAUCUCACUGAAACCGAUCUAUCCCGUCCUCCACCUCGACACACAUCACAUGGAGAAUCUCUUCUUACUGCAGAGCCCGUCGCCUCUGGUGCUAUUCAUAGCGCUGUAUCAGAUAUGCCACCUAUGCCCCCUAGUCACCAGCAGUUCUCUGGUGACUUGAGGCCUGAAGCUCCUCCCUCGCGUCACUCCCUACCCCAUGAUGGAGCAGAAUUUGCAUCCGGUGCAGCCGCUGGCGCAGCACUAGAUGCAGCCUCCCAUCGUAACCGGAGCAGCAGCCGGCGCCGAGAGGACGAUGUUGCUUCCCCGCCGGUAUCUGUGAAAGUGAAAAUGCACAAUGACGGACGACAUGUGACACUCCGUCGGCUGACUGAAGAAGAAGCAGCCGCGAGUCGCGAGGCCCGUCGCAGAGAGCGAAGAAACUCUCGACGCCGCAACAGCAGCGCAGGCUCCUUGUCCGGCAACGAAGACGCCGGCUAUGACCGCUGGCGUCGCGUCGAAGAACUCGAACGUCGACAAGACGAACAAAUGCGACGUGAACAGGCUGCUGCUGCUGCUGCUUCUGCUCAGCUCGCCCCUCCACAGGCAUCUAUGGCCCCUUCGGGGAGCAUGCCUGCAUCCUCAUGGGGCGCACCCCCCUCCCAAGUCAGCCAAAUGCCGCCCCCACCCCCCCAUUCCUGCGCCUUCUACCAUACCAUAUGGAGCGAACAGUAUCACUUCACCUACAUAUACCGGCACUGA